GUUUUUCAGUUUAUUCAGCAGGAUCUUAUUUGAUUCUUAGAGGAUUCUUAAUUGUUUCCGUUUAAGAUCAUUUAGGAUUCUUUAUAAAAUUUGAUAGAAAUUCCAUCUGCAAUUCUAUACAUGAUAAAUAGAUGGUUUUAUUCAGUCAAAAAUAGUACUUAACUUCACUGGAUCAACUUAAAUACAUUAGGUUACACAGUUAAAACAAAUUUUAAGGGUUAGAUCAGGAAGAUAGUACCCUAACGUAACAAUUAGGCUACAGGUUAUCACUUUUUACUGUGUAGAUAUGAUGUUAGAUCUUUGGCUUUGGUGCCAGAGCCUUUCUCAAGUAAUCCUGUGAGCGUUGAAGGCCACCUUUCAGGCCUAUAUCUGAAGGCGCGCAUAGCCUAAAGCCAUUACAUGGUUCACCAAUCAUUAACGCCCGAGCGCACUGGUGUUAAUAUGACAGUAAUGAGUGAGGCAGGGAAGGCGGCUCAUCUCAGCGAUGUCAUUUGAGCCCGAGAUCUGAGCUCAGAGAUCAUGCACACACAUCCGUGAUAGACGUCCUCGGGGCAGUGAACCAGAAGGAUUAAUAUUAGGGAUAAGAGCACAGAGGAACCAGGAGAGGUCACAAGGAUUGGGGCGGAGUCUUGUCCUUUUUUUUUCUUCAUUGGGAUAAAUGAUUGAGGUUAAAACUUGGGAAUCAUUGCUCAGAGCAUCCAGUUAGAAGAAGACCUAUCUAUAUCAGGACACAUCAAGAGACUCAGCUGAGAGCAGUUUAUAUUUGCAGCUGUGGCAUAAAAUGGGUUCAGAGAAAAGUGUGCGUUUUCUGAUGGAUGCAGUGGCUGCCAAACGCUGGAUCACCGACCUGCUGAGCAGCAUCCACACAUCUCGAGCCAUACCCGCAGGAGCUUUGUUCGGUCCAUGUGCAUUAAAACACACGUCGCUGUGUGACAGUAUUGCUUUCAUCGCCUUGAAGUGUUCGGACAGACGGACUGCGUCAUACGCGCUCCAGGUGGACACAACAGCACCAAGUGAGUGUCUGAACCUGAUUCAGUCUGCUAGGAAUGCAGAGGAACAAAAUCUAGAGGCUUAUAUGAAGAAUGGGCAUCUAUUUUUCAAAGCCUUAAAGGAUAUUCCUGAGAACACAGAGCUUUUAGCCUGGUACGGGAGAGAUCUAGCCAAACUGCUUGGCCUAAACGCUGAGCAAAAGAACACAAAAGAUUUCAUUUGCUCUGAAUGCAAACAGAGCUUUCUCUUUGAAUUCCCCUUGUUGGCACACCAAAGAUUUUUCUGCACCGAGAAACCAACAAACCAAAAUAGCAGCAGAAAGAAACUUAUCAAGCCAGAAAUUAAUUUACUGAACAGCAAACCUUCUACAGACUUUCACAAUUUAGCACGAGAGCUAGAGAACUGCAAGAAAAAUCUACCAGUAGACGCAAGAACAAGUAGCACCAAAAGAAGACGCUCUCUUGAAUCAGGAACUGAUGAGAGUGAUGGGGAACCAUCAUCUUUUGACACCCAUAGAGAUGAAAAGCUAUCAGUGAAAAGGUUUUGUGUUAACAGAUUGAACGGACAGUCCUGGUCACCCUCCAGCAACCAGUCUUUCAGUAAAGGCCAAAAUUCUCAAUGUAGCCAAACAAAAUGCCAUGACGACCACUCGGCAAAUCCAGACGGCCAAGAAUUGAAGUCUAGUACCAUAGUGACCAAGCUUUCGUCUCCCACUGAAGGGUUGCAAGAUGUCACAGGUGACAUAAUUUCAUCAAACCAGGAAAGGAAGAGUGCUUUCACGCAACCUCCUCGUGUCAUGCCCCAUAUCCCUCUAGUUAUGUCAGCCAGGCUUACCAGCGACCUCAUCCCAACUAGGACAACUCUCCUCCCCAGCAUUCUACCACUCACUUCCCCUCUGGUGCUCAACUUCCAGAGCUCCGCUUUACUACAUAGGGAUCUUCCCAAACCACUGACACUUCUACAUAGCACAAACCUUUGGCCCAAGACCUCCCGGCUUCUGCCCCCCUCUUUCACAUCUAUCGGUUUACCUAUGCAAAACUGGUGUGCUAAAUGUAACAUUUCUUUCCAUAUGACGACAGACCUGGUGCAACACAUGAGGUCUCAUCACAAGAGGCGGCUGUCCGAUGAGAGGAAGAGGAUGCACAGGGAGGAGAGGCUGAAGUGUCCGAUCUGUAAUGAAGUGUUCAGAGAGCGCCAUCAUCUGUCACGCCAUAUGACCUCACAUACAUGAGCAUUCAAAGCUGUUUCUCAAAAUGUAAACUCUUUUAAAGAUGUUUUCAAUGUAAAAUAAAGUGUUACCAAAUGGUUCAGUUUUGUAAGCUAACUGUUUAAUUUGACCAGAUUUACUGUAAUAAACAUAAAAAGCCCAAUUUAUU